AUGAUGCGUAUCAAAGAGGCGAUACACCGCAGGAAGCUCAUCCACGAAAUGAACGAGGAGGUAAAGGAUGUCGAAAUCGAUGUCAUUAAUUCUCCCAGCUCGCCGCUUUCGUUUCUUCCGGUUCGAGAAUGUGAACACGAGGAACAGCCCGAGCUUAAGGCCACAACCGAAGGCACUCUGCAUCCCUUUGUUCAGUACUUAUUAACCAAGAUGUCUGAGUUCCAGAAGCGAGCUCUGAAAGUAACAUGGAAGCGCUUGUCGGAGGCUCCGAAGACGUCUGGUCGUGGCACAAUCCAUAUUAUGGAGAAGGUAUGCAUUUCGAUUGAUAGUAACAUGGUUGCUCACAUUGGAGUUCGCAUUCAAACGUUGUCAAUGCGUUGA